AUGCUUCCCUACUACCAAAAUGACGAGUUCUUGAGGGCAGAGGACAUCUACAUGGAAACGUCAGACUUUCUUCUGAAUGCGCUAAGUAGACUCAUUGAGUGCCCCACCACUCCGUUAAUUAACCGUAGCGAUAAUUCUAUUGCGAUUCGAAUAAUCGUCUUUCACAAUUGCCACGUAUCGCAUUGCCGAAGUUCUCCGUCUGCCGUGUUGCGAGAUUCAGUACGUCUUGAACCAGGCGCAAAGUCGUUUACGCCAAAUGCGCCGAGCCCAUCCUGCGCCACAAGCGCCGCUUCCGUCGCUAACGUGCAGACCGUGCCUACAACGGACACUGCGCCUCCCGACGUUCUUCUUGCAAUCGCUUGGGUCGACCUUCAUACCAAUGAAGGCCGAAGUUUUAAAGUUCGUGCGUUACUGGAUCAAGGAUUCACAUUCAGUUUUAUUUCCGAGUCAUUAUGUCAAGCGUUGCCUCCGCGCACGCAAUCCGGACCGAAGUUCUCGUUGAAUCCAUAUGUUUUUCAAGGCAUUACGUCAUACGCUGCUUCUCGAACUCAGCCUCUCAAAUCGUGGCUUCACAAGGUCUCUCUUAUGCUUAAGGAUCCCGAUCCUUCUAGUCGACACCAGAUUCAUUUGCUAAUUGGUGCUAACUUAUACGGAUCUCUCUUAUUACAAGAUCUCCGCAAAGGACCUCCCGGUGCUCCUACCGCUCAAUUGACAGCCUUAGGCUGGAUAAUUUUUGGUCUCACAGGCCGCGGAUCUACUGUAUCCGAAAACACUGCUGUAUGCAAUCACGCAUCGGUUCAAGACAUAAACUCGCUUCUCCUGAAAUUCUGGGAAGGUGACUCGUUGCUCAUUGCGACUUCUCUUUAUCAUAAAAUGGAAAAGAAAUUAAGUCAACGCGAAGACAUUUUCAUUCCAUAUCAUGACUUCUUAAACGAGUAUCGCGCUCUAGGGCAUAUGAUUCAAGUUGAUCCUUGUAAAAAAAAUGUGGUUAAUCCGGUAUAUAUUCCUCAUAAUCUGGUUUUACGCGACUCUAGCUGUACGACAAGGUUACGCGUUGUCUUCAACGCUUCGUGUAAAACUAGCAGUGGCACUACAUUAAAUGAUCAUUUGUUGGUCGGACCGAAAUUGCAACAGGAUCUCUCUGCCAUUCUAUUGCGUUGGCGUCAAUGGCGCUACGUCUAUAUGGCUGACAUCGCUAAGAUGUUUCGUCAGAUCUCAGUUCAUCCUUCUGACACCGAUUUUCAGCGCAUCCUUUGGCGACCGUCCCGUGAGGCCGCACUGGAGGCCGCACAUUUUAGGCUACUUAUAGUCACUUAUGGCUUCACUCCAGCUCCAUAUCUGGCUAUGCGCGUCCUAAAGCAACUUUCCCUCGACGAAAGAUCGAGCUAUCCUGCUGCCGUUUCCGUUCUGAAUGACUCGAUUUACGUAGAUGACGCAUUGUUCGGCGCUGACAACGUCGAAGAGCUCGUUAACUGUCGCGUUCAAUUGAUUGAGCUAUUAUGA